AUGAGAAGGUGCCUGUGCCCCGGCGGCCUCUUACGAACUGGUCGUGGGUCAAUCCUCUCUAGUCGACGUGCCUUCCCUCAUACCGCGAUAUCCCGCCUCCAGGCCCAGCCCUCGUCGACGAAAUGCAACCUAACGCCCAAAGAUAACGAUUUUCUGCUCUCGCACACCUUGCCAACACCGUCUCCCCUACGGGCACCCGAAAGGCACGAUAUUGACGCCUGGUUGCCUCUCCUCGAGAAAUGUGUCACGCCAAUACAAAGAGAGGAGAGUCCUCUGGGUAAGCCCGAGGUCAAUGCUUCUCUCUUAGAUCAUGCAGAAAGUCUUAAUCGGGGCCAUGCUUUGCGUGCAUUGCUGAAUCAUGCGAGAUCGGGUGCCAAAUUCCAGCUUUUGAAUCACCUGGGGUUCAACCUGGGCCAAUGGUCGUAUGUAUACCGCCUUCUGGGCACUUUCAUCGAUACAUACGAAGUGCUCAUUCCUUACAUGACCCCUCAGCGCCCAUCGUCGUGCUUUGCUUGGAAUAACACUGGAAUCUCCCUUGACGAGCUAACAGGGACGGACCAUAAGAAUUUGACUAUUAUACGCGAGUCAAUACCAAUAUUUCCGCCUUCUGAGAAUUUCUCUCUUGCAAUGCUAGCAGGAGCACGGCCAGCAGCACGAGAAUCUGGUCGCUUAUACCUAGGAGAGAUAUUGGCGAAUCUUGGUUCGCUGGUUUUGGAAGCUGCAGAUCGACCAGCAGCUGAGUCUGAACUUGCAAUGUCCUGUGUAUACCGCAUACUUGCUCGUUUGCAUCACAUGGGCUUGAUUUCUGACAGAGUGUACGAGUCUCCAAAUGACAAAACUAAUACAUAUUCACUCCGACCACCCGGGCUGAAUCUGCUUUCGAGCCACAUCAUGAGUGUUCUAUCUGAUGCAGCAUGGUUGGAACACGAGUCUAAACUUGCAACCGCAGCCACCGAAGCGGGAGAAGAGCCCCCGUUUGUUCCUUUCAAACUGGGUGUUCGAGAGCUGGGUCAUGAGAUUUGGCUUGAGCUUAUUCUUUGGUGCUGUGUUGAACACGGAUUCAACAAACAGGGCGCUUGGUUGAUGGGUCAAAUGUCCGAGCUUGAAUCUCAGCCCACUUGGAAGAUUGAGAGCUGGGCACCUCUUAUGGAAGCUUUCGAUCUUGUUCAGCAGACCAACAUUAGUACUGAGCAAUCAUGGCGUCGUCCAGGCCAGGAAAGCUCAGCCGUUACACCAAGGGGCGUCAAGAAGCUCCCAUUCAAUGGACUUGGAAAGAGAACAAUCAGUUCUGAAGUGGUUUCGAACCUACGAAACGGGCUCGCCAAUGUCACUUGUACUGGAAUUGGUUUCGGUGGGGCCACUUCCGCCGAACUACUUGAUUACUCGAGGCCUCUGACUGCUUUGCUUGACCCCCCUGGCCCUGUUGACGAACUUCGUCCUACAAAAAGAGUCACUACCGAGAACAUUACUCGGAUUUUGGAGUCUGGCGUGCUAAAACCAAUGGAAGAUCCAGUUGCGUUCGAGGAAGUUCUACGAUCUACCCAGAAUCUUGUGCCUCCGUGGGAAACCGAUACAGUUCCCUCGGUAGAGGAUCUGGAUCACAUGACGAGAGCACAGAUUUAUGAUCAGACAGCGGCUCUAUCUGGUCUAGUUCAAUACAGCAUUAAAAGCUACACCUACAAACGCCAAGCUACCCAGGCCUUCCUGCAGUAUGCGUGGCUUCAAAAUAUUGUGGAUGCUAGCAAGGUCCAGCACAUACAAGCGUUCUUUGAUCACGAUAGUCAACCCCAAUUGACGGAGUUGCCAUUCUUUGAUUCACGGCAACUUAACACAUCUCAAUUACAACAGACAUCUCUCCCCCAGGUCUCACUUACAACAUUGGCUGAUUUGCUUGAUUUGGCGACUGCUACUCGUGCACAUGACUUUGGAAACUGGUUGCUUUUUAAUGACGAUCUGGAUGGCCCCUCGAUUCCACCUGCUGCGUAUGGAAAGCAAGUUCUGGUCCCAUCAAUACUUCGUUUUGCAUCUGCCACGCGGAAUAACGAGCUGAGUCAAGCGGUGAUCAGGUCGCUUGAAUUGCCACUUUCUGUGAACACCCUCAAAGCGAUGGCUAACCUCCAUAUGGAAUUUUCCGACUGGGACCGCGCAAUCCUAGCGUUUGAGUAUCUGCGUGAUUUUAGGCUCAAGUCUUGGGGUUUCAGUAAUAUCUUUACCCUGGGGGCAAAGAUAAUAAGGCUUGAAAGUGCCCUGAAGCUGCAACAGGAGGCCGAGGACCCCGAUGAGGAGAAGCAAAAAGCUUUGAAUCACAACCUCCAAUGCGCCAAACAACUUCUCCGUCGAUUUUUCAAAGGGGAAUUCAACACGCCUAAAAGCAAGGCAUGGAGGCAAAAUGACUUCCAAUGGAGAGUUCUUUACCGCGCACGGGGUAUCUUCCGGACACUUGAUGGCGAACUGGAAGUUCUGGCAAAGAACACCAAUUUCAAACGCAAGUUUGCGGACCGUGACAGGAUCCACGGUGUCCCUGCUGCUUCUUUCCAUCGUAUUCUCGCCGCCGUGCUAGAUGUCCAUGGCAGCAAAAUCGGACAUGAGUUCGCCGCCCAUUGGCUCCGAAGCACCCCCAGCCCCGUUUCAUGGCGUCUCUCAAGGGGCGGUGUCACGCGACAGCAACGACACGUCGAGCGUGAGUUGUUAGCUAUUGAUCCUACUUUCAAGCCUGCUCGGUUUGAACAAUACAAGAACGAGGCAGUCGUUCCCGAUCUGAACACGAUCCGCCUUGUUGCCCGAGCUGCCAUGAGUGAGCUCGAGGCAGCUCAGCAAGAGAAGACAGAAAAGCCGGAGUCUCCGUCUGAACCUACUGCCACGUGUGAGCUCGAUGUAGCUCAACAGGAGAAGAUUGAACAGCUCAAAGAAAAGCUCAAUCCCCGUCCUCGUUAUCAUGGUUAUAAGCUGCGCAUCUCGAAAUCAGCAUGCAAAAACAUGACUCUCAAGGGCGGUAGACCUCCUUCUUCGGAUCCCGAGGCCGUCCUUGAUUGGUGUGCAACCUUCUUACUACGUCUCGGCAUGGGAGAAGAGACCAUCGACCUGGAGAUCCCAGGACAUACGAACCGUCUGCGCCGCCGAGGAGUUCUCACGACAACGCCAGAGAAGCGGCUCCGUGAUCGAUUCAAGGAUAUUCGGAAUUCCCCCUGGAUGAGCACAUCCGUCAAAAUAAAAGAUGCCGAUAUCGAAGAGAGCACUUGA